AUGAAUCAAUAUAAUCUUUCAUCAUCAACACUGUCUUUACUGACAAAUCAAUCCACUUUACCAGCAGCUCCGAUUGCCAAAAAUGUAUUCAUGCGAUAUGCUCAUCUCAUUUACGUCGCAUCAUUAGUUAUACUUGGUGUUUGUGGAAACAUCCUCUGUGCUAUUGUUUUCCUAACGAAAUCUCUCAGACGUAUUCGUUCAUCUGCAUAUUUAUUCACAUUGGCAUUGAUCGACGUUUUCUUUCUUCUUGAUCUGCUGCCCGGAAUGAUUCAUACUUCUUUCAUAACCGAUCUAUACCAAAGGUUGAAUUUCAUCUGUUAUCUACAAACAUAUAUUUCGUUCGUUGCUUCAUUUGUACACAUAUGGAUGGUGCUUGGCUUCACAGCAGAACGCUUUUUCGCUGUAAAUUUUCCAUUAAAACAUAUGUCACAGUGUACUCCAAAUGUUUCUCGUACGGUGAUUUUUAUUAUAAUUAUACCAGCAUUUAUAUGUUACAUUCAUCCAGCAUUUUUCGUUUCGGAAGUCGACAAACUAGGACAAUGCCGAGAGAAAGAUGGCUAUGAACGUUAUUUAACCAAUGUUAACCUGAUCGAUACUGUCAUGACAAUGUUUUUACCAUUUAUUCUCGUCUCUAUAUUAAAUAUACUUAUCAUCAAUAAGUUAUUUUGUUCGAAGACAUUUCGUCAACAUGUUUUUGCCAAUGGGUCACGAUAUCAGUGUCGCCGUACAUCAAAUUGGACGACAAAGCCGGCUUCAUGUAAACAAUCGCUUGCCGCAUCAACAUCGACUCCGACUCUUCCACAAAUUAGCCCUAUUCUCUACCAUUCACCACGUAUUAUACGUCCGUUCCGUACGACAGCAACUCAAUCUGCAUUGUGUUUGUACCGAACGUUUACAAAUUCGGAAUCUUCGCCGUCAAAUAUCCACAAAAUGUUCUCGAGCGAAAUUCCACAGACACCAAUAUCAACGUCAAGUAUUCGAACGAAACAAAAUCCCACCAUACGACGUAAUGAAUCAGCACAUCGACAUGUCUUAACUGAACUCCGUUUAACAAAAAUGCUCUUAGCUAUAUCAUUCACAUGUCUUUCAUUGAAUUUCCCAUCAUACUAUCUUCGUUUCAUGUUUUUAUAUCAUCAUUCAAGAUCAAGUUCUCAGCCGACUGAAACUCAUUCUGCUUUCUACGACGUUAUUUUUCACUUUAUGUCAUACUUAAGCUACUCUAUUAAUAUCGUCAUUUAUUUAUUAUUUGGAGGAAAUUUUCGUCGUGCGUUAAAACGUCUCUUUUCUUUCAAAUCAUCAUCAUCAUUACGUGCCGACAAUGACAAUUCGGUAUCACGCGGAUUGAAUUCCGACAAACAAUAUGGAAAUUUCAAUGAAUACGACUCCGUUGGUCUAACAUCAGCGUCGCCGAACAGUUCCAUACGUAUAUGUGGUUCAACAAGGUCUGGUAAACUACGCGAACAAGCCAGUUUACGUCGGACUUUACGGCAACAACAGAUUCUCAUGAGUCAUCAGAAUAGGACAUUAAGUACCAGAAAAACUAAUGGAAAAUAA